ACCAUUUUACCUUAUUACACACUUUACUUUUUAGUGUUUAAAUUAUUCUAUGUUCUCCUUUUACCUGCUCUGCUGGGACUGAAUAAAGUUACUGAAUGAAAUGAAAGUUUACAGUGUGGAGGCUUUAAAAUAAAACACGACCGUCACAGGAACAACAGUAAAAUUAGCAGGUGUCAGAGAACACAGAGUUACACUGAACGUUACAUCUCAUUUUAGUAGAAAAAUCAUGAAUCACAUCAAAUAUAAAAAGCUAAAUCACACGGUAACGCACAUUAUGUCAAAACUGAGGACACACACACACACACACGCAGACAUAAUAUCAGCAUCAGACGAGGCUCGGGGCAGAAACGCAGAGUAAAGCGCAGGAGGAGGAAGACAUUUUGAGACAGAUGGUGACGAGAGAAAAAGGCAGAGUGUGAAGAAAAGAGAGAGACGGGAGGAAAAAGAGGGAUAGAUCAAAAACACACAGAUAGAGAGAGAGAGAGAGGUGAAGGAGAGAAAACCCCUGAAUGGAUGCUUAAACUGACGCUGCUCUCAACCAAUCAGAGCAGCCGCCUCCCCUCCCCCUUGCAUCCGGGCUUUGUGAUUGGUCGAUGGGAGCAGAGAUGCAGAGAACGAGAGAGAGAGAGAGAGUGACAGCAGGAUAAAGAAAGAAGAAGAAGAAGAAGAAACUGUCAGAUGAGAACAGCUCUGGUCUUCACACCUCCGUCUCCCUCUCUCUCUCUCUCAGUUUCUCUGUGGCACCUCUGCCUCGCUCGCCCCUCUCAGAGCUGCUGCUCCUGCCGCUCGUUCGCCCGUGUUGCUCUGUGAUUCCUGAGGAGAGAGAGGUUUAAUGCGAUGGACCUGCUGCCCACCGACUGCUGCUACCGCUGCUGCUGCUGCUGUUUACACCGCGGCAUCAUGGGAGCUGUAGUUUCCCCAGCAGCGCAGGAGGACAGCUGAUUAGCCAGGGAUUGUGGGUUAUCAGAGUUUGGAGAUGUGAGCUGGUGGGCGGACGAGGCUCAACAAACUCUCUCUCUUUUCUCUCAUCUCUCUAUUCUCUCGCUCUCUUUCUCUCACUCUUUUUAAACCCCCGUUCUCCCUUUUCCUCCAUCUCCUCUGCAGUUUCUUUCAUCUCAUCUCUCCAUCUUUCUUUCCUCCCCUCUUUUUUAUCCUUCGUCCCUCCACUUUUCUCCUCUCUCUCUCUCUCCCUCUCUCUCUCUCCUCCUUACUCACACUCGUCAGAGGAAAAGUCAGAAUGGGCUGUCGUCUCACUCGGACCAAGGCUAAGACUCAUGAACCUUCUCAUCACCGACACCGAGAGGAGCUGCACUUUGUGGAUGAGUAUGGCCAACCAAUCACUAUGCAGGUAGAUGGGAGAAGGGGGCGUGGUCACAGGAGGCGACGGUCCCAUUGCGCCAUUGAAUGCAGUGGUCCGAACAGAAAGACACUGGGAGGCCUUGAGAGCCAUGGGACUGAUGGAGGGAGAGGAAGGCCAGGGAGACGGCUACAGUGCAGGGCCCUACUAUGGUCACAUGACUGUGUCACCUGACCUAUACCCCGGCAAUCGGAUGAUGAUGUCACCUGAUGUCUAUCCUCCCAAUGGCUACCUGCCCAGAUCAGCAAAUGACCAUCACCUGGGUAACAACUACCUGCCCAGUGUUUCUUACAGCUUAGAUCACCUGGACAGACUGGACUACCAGGGUGCAGAAAUGUUGCCCUACCAGCCUAACUCAGAAAGCUGUCUGAUCGGGUGCUACAACACAGAGGAGAUGGAGCCCAAGAAUUUUCACAGACAGUCUGACUAUCGUCCUCCUUGGCGGUCUGAUCGUCCUCUGGGAUACCUUCCCCUCAGUGAGCUUGACAGUGGGCUAGGCUGCGGCCCCGACAGCCCACACCACCGGGUGCCACUCUCCGAAGCCGAGACAGACGCCAUGUCAUCGUUGCCAGGCCACACCCCUUCCUCCCAAGGCUCCUCCUCUUCCUCAGAGUCCCUGAUCUCCUCUGAACCCAGCGACUCAGGCUUCCACAGUGUCAGCACUGGGGAGCACCGACGGCUGCACAAGAUUCACGGAAGCCACGGCCAUCGGCAAGCUCAUCAUCUCCGCUCAGGCCACUCCCCUCGAGAGCAGAGAGGACGCUGGGAUUUGGAGUCCAUCCCCGAGACAACUCCUAUGACUCACCCGGGAGCACCGCAGGCAUCCCGUUGCACUGUUGGUAACAGCACGACCACAACAGUUCACUUCCACAGAGCUGAGAGGAGUCCCACAUUACCUCGCCACCGCUCACCGCCCUCCCCCUCCAUUGGUUGUCGUACUGAGCCCUGCCAGCGGAGGGCACUUUGGUUGGAGCAGCAGCAGGGAGGAGCAGGGACGAUAGACGCUCCAGGGCGGAGUCGAACAAUAACAGAUUUGAGUGAAGGGCAGCGUCGCCGCAGGGCCAGUCACCCCAACAUGACAGAUCCAAACACUCUGAGCAACAAACUCCAGAACAGCCAGCAUGGUGCAACCAGCAAUGUGCUGGGGCCGAGGAGCAGGGCCAGUUAUCCCAGUAACUGUCAACCCACCAGUCACCUCAGCAUAGACAGAACCAGUCUGACCAAUCAACAGAACAUGCUGAGAAACAGCCAAGGCACCAGUCGGAGCAGGGAGGACGACUCCCUCUCAAAGAGUCCUGGAUCUGGCUCCAGUGGAGUUUCAGACUGGCGUGGCUUUCAGACUCUUGGGAAUCGCACUGGCAACCCUAAAGGGUCCUCUGUUCCCUUUUACAGCACACUGGGUGCCCCACAACGGAGCCCUCGCUCUCCACCUUCACCCCGCUCCAGACUGUCCAAUCAGAAGUCAGUCAGGAAUCAGCUGCUCAGAGCCCGAGCUUACCGAUUGGCCAGGGAGCGCAGUGAGGUCACAACAGAUGAGGAGGUGCGAGGAGAGGGGGAGAGAGAAGGGGAGGAGGAAGGGGACGACGGCCGAUUGGCAGGACGAUACUGGAGCCGGACAGAAAGGAGACGUCACCUGGCACUAUCACGGCAACACAGAGAGAGGAGGGGAGGAGGGGAGGAGCAGUCCGGGGGAAUCCAGGGAUCGCUGUCAUCUCAGACGGUGCUGGAGCUGAGCCACAUGAAGCAGAACCGACUGAGGAACAGCAAGCUGCUCGAUGAUUGGACAACAGUGGAGGAGCUGUUAACCCAUGGGACACGAGUGGAGAGUGACAGUCAGCUCUGUCCCAGUCCUCUGCUAUCGGUCACUACUGUCUGAAAACCUCUCACACACAAUCCCACCAUCAGUUACUGUUGAUUGACUGAAACCUCCAAUCUGUCACUCAGGCCCAGAUUCAUUAAAGGUUUGUGUGGUGAAAAGUGUAAAUGUCUACUAAAAUCACUAAACAACUGCUGACCCAUGGUAAUGAAUCAUUUACACAGUAUAAUUUACAUUUUGGAUCCAUUUGUAAGCAAAACUAUGUAUAUCAGUGAUGGACCUAAUUUGCACCAUUGAGCAAUAUGAUGCUCUGUGAAUAUUUUCGUAAAUCAGGGAUCUUUCAAAGAAAAGCAUGAAGAGAAACAUAUGGGUUUAACAAUGCAAAAUGGUCGCUGCCACAAUGAAAACAAACAUUUAGACAACAUGGAGGGGGUUCUCAAGUUUCCCAGGCUCGACAAGGUGAUUUUAUUGGUACAGCAGUUAAUCUCAUAGUCCCAUAUAGACUCUAGACAUCAUCUUAUUUACUUUCAGUCGUCCAAGCCCCAUGGCCACAUUAUGAACCAAACAUACUAAGUGAUAAAAAAAGAGUUGAUUUAAUUGUAUAUCUUAAUUUUUAGCAUCCCAGUGGGAAAAACCACUCAUGUCAAUUUCUGACUUGCAAUUCCAAGAAAUUACAUCUAAAUAAAUCCAAUAUACGUACAAUCGAUUCAGCCCAUUUUACAGGAGCUAUGCGCUGUUUGUGUCUUGUUUCACCUACUAACUGCUACAAACACACAACAUAACAAAAGCAGCUAAUUUAACAUUAGAGCUAACCACCUGGCAUAAUGCACGAACACUCCCAAGUCAGAAAAAAAUGGUGUUUUUCCUGUUCUCCCUACUAUUUCAAUGGCAUGAAUGCAACAUAAGUUCCCACUCUAUUUAGCUUACUUACUAGUGACAACACUGUCUGAACUGAGAAGAGCUUGUUUUCUAAAAAUGUCACUGAAAACUUGACAUGGACGAGUUGGUGGGAGCCUGAGGGACUCAACCACAGAGCAUAUAUGCAACUGAAACUAGAGGAGGAUAAAGCUGCAAAACUGGUGUUGAUUCUCAGUGGAUUUUGCAAUACUAGUGUCCCUUUCACAAUGCACUAUACACUGUCAAUGUGGUCACAAAGUUUGUGCUGGAUGGACCCUCACAGACAUAAUUAGAUGAUGAAAAUUUGAGCUUUCAAGGAACUUACAUUGCAAAACUACAAUUAAUUUGGACACCCACUGCAAUCUUAGUGAAUCUGGAUCUCAGUUGUGUUAUUUACUGUCUGACAGGAUGUUCUAACUUAUUUUCUGACACGUCUGAGCCUGGAAAUGUCUCUUCAAGUAAAAUAAAAGAGGGACGGGAGAACUGAAAAAUGUGGCCAAAGAUAAUACUGGGGCUCAGGAGGAAACCAACAAUCAAUCCCCAGAAAUCACAAGUAUGACAAUCUUGGAGAAACUGAUUCAAUCUGAACUGAGUUUAAACUAACACUACUAUCUGACAGGAAUCUCUAAUCCAACGCUUGCUCUAGAAAUGAGUUUCCGCAAGUUUGUACAAGUAAAAAAGGACACGGAGGAGCUGCAUGGGCUUUAUACUCUGCAGUGUUAACAGACUCAGUGGAUGGACUGGUUGGAUCCUUCACAGACCAGACCGCCUGUGACUGGUAUGAAAUAUCACACCAUUGGUUGUGUUGCCUUGUGGAAAAGUGUCUUCAUCUCCAUUUCUGGUUUACUGCCUUUGUUUCAGUCUCUGUGCCAUAAAAUGUCAAGGUCGAGUCUCUAAAAUGAUAAAACUGCUGGGAGGCUCUACUCGCUAUAAGCUUGUUUGGGGAUUUCUGCACCUUUAUGAUCAAACAGCCUCUAAACCCUCUAAGUCACCGUUUCACCACAUCGUUCUUUUUUAGUCGCCACUUUCACUGGUCUCUCCUGGGUGGUUUACCAUUUUAAUCUCCACAUACUCACACAGACUUGGAGUGUAAAUAAAUCAGACUAUAAAGAGGGCUCACAAGACUCCAUGCAGCACUGUGUACAACUGGGUUUCUAUUUCAGAGGAUUUCUGUUUGGUUCUCAGUCUACUGCUGCAUUUACUGAUGUUAGGUGUCUGAGGAUGAUUUAUGCCGCACAUCUGUUUAUCUAAUGAAAGCUGGCCUGUUGCGCUAUAUGCCAUGAAUCAGAAAUCUAUACAUUAUCUGAAAGGAAUAGUUUGACAAUUUGAAAAUACCUUAUUCACUUUCUUGCUGAGAAUUAGAUAAGAGGAUUGAUAGCCCUCUUGUGUUUUAAAUAUGAAACUACAGCCAAAAGGCAGUUAGCUUAGCUUAACCCGAAGACCAGAAACAGGGGUUCAAGUACGAUCUCCCUCUACCUGAGUGAGAGUCAGCAGCUAAAACUGCUGGAAUCAGACCCAGAGAGUUCAGAGUGAUGCUGAACUGUAGAUCAGUUAAAAAGACUGAGAAGUCAUUAAAAAGCAGCGUUCAUCUCUGAUAACCAGGAAUGUGACGGAAAGAUUAGAGACACAGUGUGGUGUGUUUGUUACAGCCACAGCACUUCCUGCUCCAGAAGUCAGGGAUCAUGGGUAACAUACACUGUUCGGUCACGUAUCAGUUCAGUGACUGGCAGUUGGAGUUCCAGUUGUUGCUCAGCAAAAGUUACAUUUUGUUGCAUUAAUUAAUGAGGUUUAGAGAAUCUGGUUUGUGAGAUAUUCUCAUCUACCUCUCAGCACGGAAACAAGUAACAUGUUUUGCAAAAUGUCAAACUAUUCCUUCAAUGUGUUUAAGCUCCUGACAUCUGUAAAAAUAUUUCCAUCUGGAGUUGCAACACAGACUGUACACAGACCAUGAACAAUACUCGGUGCAUAUCACUAUGCUGAGUGCUUAGUUACAGAAUGAGCUAUUGGCAGCAAAUUGAACCAAACAAAGGCACUUUUUAGUAUUUAAACAACUAAAUGAGACCUUUAUCCAGCCUGAACAGAUUUUCAGUGAGGAAUUUAUUUCCCCCGAAUAUCAAAUCAGAUUUAAAAUCUAUUACUGUUAGUGGGAUUACACUUGUGACAAAUGCUGAUACUGGCUGUUACAAGCCAGUAUGAUUACAGACACCACUGAGAGAAACUGGUGGAUGAAUUUGAGAAAUGUUAAUCAGGGGUUAGAUGUUAUGAUGUAAUAAUGUGUCAUAUAAUGAAACUGUUCAAUGCAAUUUUGUUAAAUAUAAGAAAUGUCGAUUUAUUUUCAUAUUCUGUCAGGGUUCUGAGGUGAAAAGGAGGUGAAAUCCUGAAGACAGGAUCACAAAGCUGGACUCAUAAAAUGAAUAUAUUUGUUGUAUAUUUCUUUUUCUAAACCAUAGGGGUGUGUGUGUGUGUGUGUGUGUGUGUGUG